CUAUAGAUUGUUCCUGCUCGGGUCCUCUGAAAUACAGCACCCUAUGCAAAACAUUACCAACCAAAGGCAAUACUUUCUGGCAGCCUGAUUUACCUAUCAUCAAAAAUAAGUUCCUCUUUAUGCAACCACUCUCAACUCAGUGACAUUUAGGGAAUGGUGUAGGCCUAACUGACCAAAUUAUGUUGAACAUACAGUAGGCUUUGUUAUACGACGACAGAAUGGCAUUCAGACAGGUCAUAGAUAUUAUUAUCUAAAAUAAACAAAAACGAGUUGAUUCACAACAAAUUUAGAGUUCCGCGGAAGUCUUGUCGUCUACUCAGGAAAGACGCACAAUGGCCAUCUUUCCCACCUUCCUUUUAUUAGAGUAGCACGAUUUAUUAGAGGGGCAGGAUCCAAACUCGGAAGAUCGAUAUUGAAGAUGGAAGGAGCAGCGACGCGCACUGUGAUAACGUCUACCAGCAGCAGCACCGACAACUUUGCCACAUCUACUCUGGCAUGCGAUAGGCACUUUUUUCGCACUGCUACGGGGCUCCUCGUUUUCGCAGAAAUAGUGUUUGGUCUGCUGGUAUGGAUGCUGAUAGCAGGGACAGAGUACUUCCGUGUGUCUGCCUUUGGGUGGGUCAUGUUUGUGGCCAUCUUGUACUGGGUCCUGACGGUCAUCUUCCUCAUCAUCUACCUGACCACGGCUUACAACAGGAUCCCUCAGGUCCCCUGGACAACUGUGGGUCUGUUCUUCAACAGUAGUGCUACAGUGAUGUAUGUGGUGUUCUACAGGGUCUGUUCUUCAACAGUAGUGCUACAAUGUAGUGGUGGCAGCAGCAGUGGAUGCAGCUUCAACAGCCAUGCUGUUAAGGGGCGCCAUAACUACAACUGCUGGGUAGCAUCCACAUUCUUUGCCUUCCUGGUCACGCUCUGCUAUGCAGGAAGUACAUAUUUAAGUUUUAAAUCGUGGAGAUCAAGGGAUGAGGAACAAUAACCAAUCACAAAGGACAGCUAAAGUAUAUCCAUUWUGGAACACAUGAAGAAUGCAACAACCACUCCUUCCCUUUGGAAMGCAUUUCUCUAUUAUUUGAUUUCUGUUAUAUUUCUGUUGUUUUGGAGUCAUGGUGUGUUUCAUCUGUUGGAAUGACAGAGCCUGAACCUCAGUGGUGUUUUUACUUCUUAUGAACUCAUGAYUUUUUUAAAAUUKCAUUUGGAUGAAAAUGACUGAAGCUAAUAAAGUGMCUYUUCUGUUUUUCUGAAGCUGGAGAUCAAAGCUUUAACUCCAAUAUUAAAAUGGAUUGGACAGUAAUGUUGUCCCACACUAGAUGGUGCUACAAUACAAGGCUAAGAAACAGGGCUGAUGAACAUUACAGUCAAUUCUCUUUUUCAUUAUUAUUAUGUGACCAGUUUCAGGAAACUAGGCGUACUUCACAGGAGUACCUUUUCAAUUAGACAUUUCUUUUUUCAAAAGAUGUUUUUUGGCGGAAAUACCUACUCGAACAUGUGAACUUACAUGUGCCUUAAUUGCAAACUUGUAUGCCAUCU